AAUUUUGACUUUCGCAAAUAAACGUAUUAUAGCGGUGGUGUUGAUCAUAUUGUGAGAAGUUAAAAGAAACCUUUAUUCUAUAAUCUCAAUCAUAUGAUAAAACCCAUGUAAAUAGUGUAUAAUUAUUACAUAAUUUUGUAGAAUAUAUUGUUAUUCUACACUUUUUAGUUUGUGAUAUAUGCCAAUAAAAAGUGUUCUAAACUUGAAUAUAAAAAUAUAGGUUACAUUAAAUUUGUUCACUUUUCUUGGAUCUGUAUUUGAUAAACAGAAAACAAUGUCUUAUAUGUUGUCGCAUCUCCACAAUGGAUGGCAAGUAGAUCAGGCAAUAUUAUCUGAAGAAGAUAGAGUAGUUGUUAUUAGAUUUGGCCAUGACUGGGAUCCAAUGUGUAUGAAAAUGGAUGAAGUUCUUUAUAAUAUUGCUGAAAAAGUAAAAAACUUUGCUGUCAUUUAUCUAGUUGAUAUUACUCAAGUACCUGAUUUUAAUAAAAUGUAUGAAUUGUAUGAUCCUUGUACAGUUAUGUUUUUCUUUCGAAAUAAACAUAUAAUGAUUGAUUUGGGAACUGGAAAUAAUAAUAAAAUAAACUGGACAUUAGAGGACAAACAAGAAAUGAUUGAUAUUAUUGAAACAGUCUACAGAGGUGCCAGAAAAGGUAGAGGUUUAGUUGUUUCACCAAAAGAUUAUUCUACAAAAUAUCGUUAUUAAUUAUUUUUAUUAAUUAUAAUAUUAGAAAAUAUUUUAUAUUAAUGUAUGAAUCAGAGAGAAAAUAUUGGUAUAUAACUGAACUUACAUCAAUAAAUAAAAAUAUAUCAUAAUUACAAAUAAAUAUAAAGUUAUAUGUAGCA